GGCCAACUCGUAAUCUGCAGCAGAAGUUGUGGUUUUUUUUUAAAAAAAAUGGUGUGCUUCAUGCUAUGGUUCAUUCAUUGACCAAAGACAAAAGACAAGGAUCAAAAUAAGAUGAACGAGAUGAUUGCGGUUGAGGAGGAUGACAACGCUCUGAUGAGUCCUCUGUUACUACUAGUAGUAAAGGAGGAUGAAGAAGAAGUGAAGAUGCCAGCUUCAGUCUUGGCGCUAGAAGCAGGUGGUGAAGGAGAAGAGGGUGAAGAGGAAAAGAAGGAGUUGGAAGGUGAAUCUGAUUGGCAUGCUUCUAUUCGAGGUCCUUCUCUGAGCUUUAGUGCCGCAGAGCAUCAAAAGAAGAAGAGAGGCAAUCGAGGAUCUUUGGAUGGGACAAGACGAUUUCGCAAAGUGGUCACUUUCAGAAAUUCACUGGUUCAGACGAAACUCAUUGGCAGGCGGGGUGCUGCUAGACAGAGAGGAAGAAAUUCUCUCCUUCCUUGGUUCUCCUCCAAUGCCCAACAACACACUCAAGAAACACUAGAAGAAAUACAGCAACGCAAAGAAAUUGAAAAACAGGAAAAGGAAAAAAAGAAACAACUGAAAAUACAACUCAAACAACAAAAGGAAAACAAAAAAAAACUAAAGAAGCAAAAAAAGAAACUAGAAAAAGAAACAAAAAAGGCACAAAAGCUACAAAAGAAAAAGAAAAAGGAAAAGGAAAAUCAAGACCAUCCAGACUCUCACUCUUCUCUCCAACUCAACCACAUUGUCAAUACACAAAAUCAAGAUCAAGACAAUCCAUCCCUCAUCUUUGAAGACUCUCUCACAAACCACAACCUGGAUGUCAGUCUCAAUGUUGAAGAUCUCAUGGCAAAUUCAUCCAGAAACAACCAACACAACAACCAUGCCAGCACUAGCAUCAGUACCGGUAUCAAUAACGCUUCUGCUGGAAUCACUACUGCUGCCAUGCACGACAGCAUUCUGGUGGAUCACUCCAGAAGAAGAAGAUCAUCGGUCACCACUGCCAUUCUCAACACCAUGGGAAAACUCAAAAUUAAUAACUCCAGAAACAAACACAAAUCAUCCAAACAACCCAAUCAGAGUAAGACACUUCAAACACCAGACCAACCUCAUGCUCAUGCGUCCUAUGAUUGGUCGGCACACAGACAAAAUGCCGCAUCAAACCCUCAUUCACAAAGUCAUGUCUCUUUCAACACAUCUCAUCAACAGGAACUGGACAUGGACAUGGACACGGACAUGGACAUGGAACAACCUAAUCAGAAUCAGAUGCACAUGCACAUGCGAAUUCUACAGGAAGAAGACACUUUUCAGCAAGAAAUGACUGCGUUGCCAAAACAAAGCAAGAAGAAAAGCUGCAGCAACAACAACAGCAGCGGCAACAACUGUAACUUGAACAGUUCCAUGGAUAUCUCGGGAGAAUCAUUUGCCGGAAACUAUAGCAGCAGCAACAACAACAACAAUAGCAACAGCAGCAUCCACAAUAACGAGACGACAACAACACCGCGCAGGGGACGAAAACCAUCCAAAGUCACAAAGUCGGUCACCAAAAACGCAUUCCAACAACUAUUUGGCACGAAUGCCCAAAAAGCAAACAGAAAGAAGGCAAAGUUGCCGAGCAAUGCGCCGCGAUCUAAACAAUCUACAAAGCGAAACAAAAACAGCAGUAAAGACGACAGCAACAACAAGGGCAGCAACAAUGGAUCAGCAACCGAACCGGCAUUCCAAACGCCGCUGUGCCAGAUUGUUUCCAUGGAAGCAUCGUCGUGAAUGGAAUGCUGCGGCUGCUGCAGGCUGGUUGUUGUCGAUUUGUUGUGACGAUCGGAAGGGGGAAUGGUGGGGAAGAGGCGCCGUCGUGUGGUUUCGUGUAAUGCUGCGUCAGUUCCGUGGAUGCUUUGGGAACCUAACUUUGGGUGGCCGGGUGCUUGUAUUUAUAUUAUGGCACAGGGGGGUUCGGAUGAUUGGCUUCUGGAUGCAUUCGAAAUGCGACACACACUAACAAAUAUCAUGGGGAUCGAGGGACAAUCGUACCGGUACCGUUCAAAACGUCGUGUCGCAGCAACACGUUAACUGCUGGUAAAGCCGAUCCUAGUCGUCCCGGAAUACGGUAUACGGUAGAUUUGGUGGAGAUCUAAUCGAGCCUGCCGGAGGGGCUUAUGUGACAAGAUAAUUGUAUACCACAUGAAUAUAAUAUAAACUCGUGUUCCUGUGAGA